CAGCGGGUGAAUUUACGCUCGUCUGUGCUGGCAAAAAACCACGCUACUGCCAAUAGCGGCUCAUUUUAUCCACUCGAUCAUUAAUUGUACACUGAAUGGUUUAUUUAUUUUAUACCCCCACGAGUGACGGAUACGUUCAUAGAUUAAUUACACAAUGAGCGAAUAUUUAUUGGUUGAUAAAACUGCAUGAGAAUUGGAGAAAAUAGUGAUAAAGUGUAUUUUCCAAUGAAGGAUCACGUUUAAUUUUACAAACACACCCCUUUAUCCGUCGGUAAUAUCGCAACUUGGUGACAACUUUCGUUCAUCGAUUUUCUAUUAUCUUUUGGUUGGCUUUUUUUUUAGUAUUGUGGUUGUGAUAUGCGAGUGUUUAUGUGAAAAUUGUGAUUUUUAGGUGCGUUAACUUGUGUCACUUUUUGUGUCUUUUGACGCCAUUUUUUUGACGAGAGAGGAGAGGAUUUAUGGUAUUGGGGUUGACGUGUGAGAGUGAGGUGAGUGAAUUUGUGAAUUAAUAUUUGCAACAAUUAAGGUAGUUGGCAGAUAUUAGUUGGUUAUUAGUGACAACACAGUUGGAAAACUUGUUCUGUGCUUUUUGUUUUGUGUGGGGCUUUGGACAAUGUGAAUUCAGAUUGAUUGGAUUUUGGAACAUACAGGAAUACCAGCGUGGAUUAAAAAUACGAAAUUCCAGGGAAAUAACUGGACUGCGAUUCAACAAAUUACAAUGCUGUUCACCAACAUGCGUUAAGCACUUGCCGUCUAACAUAAUUUGAUUAGAUACCAGGUUCUUGAGGAUUGAAUCGAUAGAAAAUCUGAGAAUGGGAUUAUUCCUAAGUUGUAAUCUGAUGACCAUCUCUCAGUACCACUGAAUCCAAAAGAAAUUUUUCGUUUCUCAUCACCGGAUCCAGGCGAAAUGGAACGGAAGAUUGAUCGACAGUGUGAUGAGAAGAAAAUUUUUUCGGUACAAAGAACUCAGAAGGGAACACUGUCUACCUCGAAAAUCGAGAGAAGUAGUUGGACACCAGUGGAGCAGACUUGUUAAUAAUUUUCACGCAAGGCCAAACAUUUUUUACCAUCGCUGAAUCGAAACGAUCAUCGUUAGUGAAUUAUAAAAAGAUAAAAAAGUACUACUGCCAAUCGACAAAGACUAGCUGUCGUGGCUAAAGCUCCAAUAAACUGAGAAACAUAAAGAAGAAAACCGAGAGAAAUAAUAAAGACAGUUCCCACUUUUUGGCUACCAUCGGCCGUAAACAGUGAGAGAUUACAAUAAGACCAAAACGUGUACAGAAACCUAAAAACUGGUUUUAAAGAAGUUGACAAAAGUUCUCAACAAACUUUCAACGAAAAAGUCAAAAGGAUAAAAAAACAGAAAAACAAAAAAACAAGCACAGAAAAACUCGUGACAGCCUCUCUCUCUCGUUCUCUCGAGAUCGGUCCAACGAGGAAGCCAACUUUUUUAGUGACACGUUUGCUAAAGACAUUCUAUUUUCACUUUGGGAAUACAAGCUUCCACAAGACUCUGAACAUUUUCCCAUCUAGAAUAACAAAAAAAAAACCGUAAAAAAAAAUUGUUAUUUUACCUCCAAGUGUCCUUAAUCCAAAUAGAAAAAGGAAAAAAAAAUUCUAAACAAACUAGAACAACAAAUACAAAUACAAUAAACAACUCCACAUUAAAUUGCACUUUGAAUAAAAGUGUCAUGAUCAAGAUAUAAAUAAAUUCUAAAUAACUAAAAAUGGUGAGAACAAUGUCACGAGCAAUUUUAAUGCUCUUCCUCAUCUGGACGUCAAUUGAGGAAUCGAAGAGUUCUACAGAUGGUGGGCCCAACUCACCAGUUUUUAACUUGGAUCAUACAGCAUUGGAGAAGAACAUUGCAGCGAUAUUCAACAAAGUCGCCCACAGUUCAGCAACAACAAAACGGAGUGUGCCCGCUUACGAGGCUCAAGUUUCAGCCUCCACCACCCUUUCUACGGUUCCCUCUCCUCUAACAACAACAACAGCAAAAUCAUCAAACCCCCCAUCACCAACAACCCCCUCAAUACCAGCGAUGAGAAAUCCAAUCCCCCGGGCAACGGUCUCGCCCCCUUAUCGCGAAUUGCCCUCAUACGCUCCCCCGUCAAGAGCCCCAUUCACUCCACCCCUCCCCCCAGAGUACCUGAAUCCAUUUGCUGAUAAGCCAACACUUCGCGGUACUAAUUCCGAGAACUAUUCAGGUGUGAGAAGACCCAUUCCUCCACCGAGUUUGACUCCAGCACACGAGAGAAUUCCCAUAAGACCACCGGAUCUUCUGCAUGUGCCAGUGCAAACACCUGAGAAGCCUCCAUCAAGGAAUAAAGCGCUGAACACACCCAGCAAGGAGCAAAAACUCCCAGAGACAUCAGGAGAAAUCGAGAGAAAAAACAAUAGCAAUGACUUCGUACCGACUCUGCAUUAUCCCAGUAUUUCGAGAAUACUAUCAGGUAGCAAUGGAAGAAAACAGGAUAUCCCAGAGAUACUGUUAAAACCUCUAUCCACCAAAAUGCCAAUGACAAACGUUCCAGCAGCGUUGACAACUGAGAGAAGUCCUGUUACAACGUCAAUGACAAUUAGGACAACGAGUAUGGUGCGAUCAGCUACAAGACCGACUAUUUUCAAUCUUCCAAAUACUAGAAGACAAGAGCCUGCUGAUAAUAGUGGCCAUAACAUAGAGGACGAUGAAAAAAUGGAGGAAAUAGAGAUUGUAGAUGCAGAGAGAUUACCUUAUCCCCAGCCACAACCCCCAGCUCCCUCGAAAAGACCCAUUGAUCACAAUCACAUUGUUCCUCAUUCUGACAGCCAUCAUCCCUUGGAAAACACAUGGAGAAUAGCCUGGUCUCUCCACGUCUACGUAGCUGCCAUAAUGUUCACCCUCAUGGCACUCUACUCCAUCUACAAAAUCGUGAGAUUCAACGAAGCUACAAACUUGCUUACCCAGUCGUAUUUCCUCACUGUUCAUCUGCUUUUAACGACAGUUUGCACACUCAGGUGCUUUCACCUGUUCUACGAUGCGUACAAUCUGGGAAGAUCGUUAUCAGAGCCACUGUCACAAAUACUCAUGUAUCUACCAGCUCCAUUACUGUCUACCGCAUUCGCCACAUUAGUUCUUCAUCUUGCUAAAUGCUCAGAGGCUCCGUCAUUAAAUAACAAAUUUCUAUCACCCAUGGGCCUAGCAGUGUGUUCAAUAAUUCAUAUUGUAAUCUGCCUCUCUCUCCACGUGUCAACUCACAUCCUGGGGUACGAGGAUCAAGCGAAAAUUCUACCCCUAGUCUGCCAAUGCAUUUAUAUCGUGGUUUGUGUGACCCUGGGGCUCUGUUACAUGUACGUAUACAGAGUUGUCAGAUCUCAAAUCAAUUUAACGACUAAUAAAUCUGUGGGCUCACACGUCACCAGUGAUCCAACAACAGUUGCCCUUGGUACUGCCAUUACAACAACAAUAGCAACAGCUUUGCUCUUCAUUUUGAUGGGAUUCGUUCAGUUGUACGGAAUAUUCGGUGUACAGGAGAAAGCCCAGCCUUAUCCCUGGCUGUGGUGGGGUUGGCAAUUCUCCGUGAGACUAAUCGAGCUGUCCAUGUGUGGAUUACUUGCCUGGGUAGCAAGCCUAUCCCAGUAUCCACUCAGAGAAAAGCAGAUGCAACAGCAUUCAGCUCAUUCUGGUUUUGCUCUGUUUCCAUGUGGCAGCUCCACCAGCACUGAAAAUAUGGAUGAUGUCCUCUAUCCAGCUAUCUGUAGCACCAAUCAGGCCAUUCAGAAUUACACCAUGAGGACUGGUAAACAGGUAUAUGACGACAGUUUUCCAUUGAAUACAUUACCAGAGCACUUAAAUAUAUCGGGCACAUUUGAGAGGCACUCGAUAAGAAAGAGUGGAACAAUGGGACAUUUUCCACAUGAGGGAAGGGGAUCCCUCAAUCGACAUGGUAAUGGAGUCCAGACUCUGAGGGGAUCAGAGAACAGGGGGAGACAUACCCCACAGGGACUGCACGAACAGGCCCCAGCUUCUGGCUCCACUAUGCUAGUCGCUGAGGAUGGAUUUGUUAGGUUUAGAAGUCUUGGUGGUGAGGAGGAUGAAUUGAGUGAUACACAGAGUAUUGUUGGUACUCAUGGUAGAGGUGGUGGCUCUUUGGCUGGAAGUGUGAGGUACAGUGCCAGGCAUAAUCCUGCACAGCAUCAUGCACAGCAGCACCCGCACCAGUAUCAGCACAUGCACACGUUACAGCAUUCUCAUGAUAGACAGCAUAUGCAGGGACAUCAUCAGAGCCAUCAUCAAUUGUAUAAUAACACGUAGAAGGGGGAAAAAAUGGCACGCGUUGAGUGGAGAGCGCCUGUGCCAAUUGUUGGAAAUCUUUUCCCCGCAACUACCAGACACGUCAUAGUACGAGCUGAACAGUCAACUAAAGCAACCACUAGCAGUACUCUGUCCAUUCGACGUACUCAAGUUGAAGAAAUAAUUUAAAAUAAAGUAUAAGUGUAAUAUAUUUUGAAUUGUAUAAAAUGUGACCGUUUUAAUUUUAAGAAAAUUAUUGAAAUAAUGCCCGCCUCCUCGGACCCGCUGCUUAAUAUCCAUUUCCCCUAUUAAGAAAAAGGGGAAAACUCAAAAUAAAUCACAAAUGACCACCGGGAAUGAAUUUUCGAUUUUGUAAAUGGUCCUAAAUUAUUGCAUUUAUUCCAUAAAAUCGAAAAUUUCAUUGCUGAGUAAAACCGUAUAGCCAAGGAAUAUCGUCUACAAUUUCUUAUCUUUAAAUAUGGAUAGUGUAUUAAAGCUUCGAAUUUGAAUUAUUGUCUUGGGCAAUCGAUACUUAAGUCCAUGAUCCUUGUGAUUUUUAAACGAGAGAAAUAAUUAUGUAAUGAAUGCGUGGAAAUAAGGCAGCAUAAAUGAAGAUAACGUGACAGUGAUUGGAUGUGCUAUAAUAAAAUAUGACGAACUUUUUGUCACAUGACCUACUUUUCAGUGGAUUUGAAAAAAAAAAUUGAGGUAUAUUUUAGUCUUAUUUAUUGCACAUUCAUUUUAUUAAUUUAUAUCAUGUGCUCUAUAUCUCCGGACGAAUUCCCCUCCGGAAACAUUUAAAUAUUUGAAUAUAUUUAAAACAGAACGAUUCAACAACAUCAAAUGAGGAACAGAUAAUUUUGAAGAUUUUAAACCAAAAGUUUUUGCGUAUAUCUCUGUAAUUUAUGGAAUUUGAGGGUAAAAGGAGAGAAGCUUUAAUGGAGCUUAUGAAAUCCUUACAAAGAAAGGUGAAGAUCAGUGCUCAGUAGAAAGUUAUCCUUACCUGGAAAUUUUACAAUUGUUUAAAAUCAAUUUUCAGUCUUAUCUCUUUCGUUUCAUUUUCAAUGGACAAAAAAAA